AUGUGUGCUGGCUUCUGCUCUGAGAGGAAAGCAUUACAUGGCAGUGGUCCAGCUCCAGCAGAUACUCGAGCAGCUAUAACCACUGCUUCUGCUCUAGGUGACCAUUCAUCUGUAUCAACUGUUUCUGAACCUCAUUGGCUAGAAUCUGCUGGAGAAAGACCUGGUUUUGAACCACAGGAAAACCAACAGCGUUCCUAUGAAAUCAGUCCUCAUCUUAGCACCAUUUUAACACAAAGGAAACUGAAUCUCAGACAGUUAACUUGCUCAAGUCAUGUCUGCCUGGCAUUGAAAGGGCACAUUCUAAUACUCAGCCAUAUUACAGUUUUCCUAAAGACCUCCUGCUCUUCCAAUCUGUUGUUUGAAAAGGGCUACGGCAAGGACACUGCGGGCAUUGCCCUGGAAGCGACUGCUUUUGCACGUAACCAAGGCCUUGAUGUGGUGCUGGUGGACACAGCUGGCCGCAUGCAAGACAAUGCCCUUUUGAUGACCGCCCUGGCUAAGCUCAUAACUGUCAAUACACCUGACUAGCUGUAGUUUGUGGGGGAGUCCUUAGUAGGCAAUGAGGCCGUGGACCAGCUGGUCAAGUUCAACAGAGCCUUGCCUGACCAUUCUAGGGCUCAAACACCCCCGCUCAUUGAUGGCAGUAUCCUUACCAAAUUUGAUACCGUUGAUGACAAGGUGGGAGCUGCUAUUUCUAUGACCUACACCAUAAGCAAAUCCAUCGUCUUUGUGGGCACUGGCCAGACCUGCUGUGACCUAUGCAGUUUCAAUACCAAGGCUGUGGUGGCUGCCCUCAUGAAGGCUUAA